AUGUUGCAAUUUUUUCUCUUCUCUGGACCUCUCUUAUGCUGGCAGGUUGCGCACACUUUCAAGAUCGGCCACGACAAGGUCAGACGCAUCAACAACCACUGGUGGGAUCACCGCCAGUUGUACGAGACCACCGCCGUGGGGAGAGGCAAGACGGCAAAGCAGGAUGAUGGGCGACGCCGCCUCACCGAAGCCGGUCGUCAAGUCUUUCGCCGCACGGUGGCAGAAUGGAUGCACAGGACUUGCAACAUGGAGCAGCUGUCUAACCGUUCGGCAGGAGGGCUGCUGAGUAGGCUCGGCUACAAGCGUCGUAGAGGCAGGAUCAAAACGCCAUCGUUAAACGCCGAAAGACUUGCUCGCAUUCGUCGGUUUCUUGUUGAGAUGGACAUGGCAAGAAGGGCAGAGGAUGCUGGGUUAGCAGUGAUCGUGCACAUGGAUGAGAGUUUUGUCCACCAGGCUCAUGGUUCCCCCUAUUCUUACUUUCCUUCGGACGAGGAUGGAGUUGUGCAGGAUGGGAUUGGUCGCACAACGGGGAAGGGCUUGCGCAUGAUCAUGGUGCAUGCAAUCACGAAGUGGGGGCCGUUGGCUAAGCUUUGUGAUGGGUUACCGAUCGAAGAGGGCUGGUUCAAGGAAACGGGUAGCGGCAAGAAGGAAAUGGAAGAUGAGGAGACAGCAGAGUUUCUGUGGCAGGCUAAGUUGGCAAAGGGCGAUUACCACGCAGCAAUGACCGACUCGAUGUUCAUGGAGUGGCUUGAACACCGCCUUAGCCCUGCGUACAACGCGAUCCCGGAGUUCAAAGGCAAACGGAUGAUUCUUGUUCUUGACAACGCCUCAUACCACCAUGGAUUUGACGCGGAAGUCAAAGUGCCGGAAACCAACACCAAGAAGCACAACGUCGAUCUGUUGCGUAUGUUUGGGGCCAAGUCGAUCAGGGUUAGGCGUAAGGAGGGCGAACAGGGCGUUGUUGAGUACAACUUAGAGGUACCGACAGAGCCUGGUUCUUCAUUCCCUGCAGGGAACAGGGAGGGCGGUGUAAGCAGAGCGGAGGUAGCAACGGCCACUCGGGAGUACAUCCACCUCAAUCACCCUGAAAGGCUCGAGGAACGGGUGGUGACGUUCAUGAGGAAAAAGGGGUG